ACCGAUCUUCCAGAAAUUUCGACACCUUAUUUACUUCGCGCUAAAAACCCAAAUGAAAUUCAUAAAUCUGAAUUUCUAAUUAAUUUCAAGCUCAUUAAAAAAUUCUCCCUAUACAUACUCCUAACCCUAGAAAAAUCCCUCAAUUCUGUUCACGGCCAUCUCUCCCACGCACUUCUUACUCAUUUUUUUUCAGAAGAAUACGGAAGAUCAUUGCAAUUUCUCAAGAGACGAUCGACACCACUGAAAGAAUCGUGGAAGGACAGAAGAUCACUGCAAUUUUUCAAGAGACGAUCAACACCACUGAGGAGGGUUUGGGGAAUUUGCUCUAGCGUAAUUUUCUUGGUAACAAAUCCGAUGCUGUUGCUGCUGCUGAUCAGAUGUUGAGAGUGAUGGCUUGCCCCCAAGAAGAUGAUUCAAGCUCCAGUUCAAGCUCGGGCUUAUUAAGGCCAAAGAAAUCACCGGGUAUACAAAAUUGAAGUGUACUUGAGUUUUACCUUCGAAACCAUAAAUUGUGACAGGAAGAAGGUUAUCAUCCUCCUGCCUUUUAACAACUAUGUGUAGAGGAAGAGUUGAAUCCCAAUCAGUCAAUUGUUAUUGAUAAACGUUUGUUCAAAACGGGGCUAACUUUCUCGUAUCUCAAAUGUCUGACCCAAUAAAAUGAUCGAGUUGAUCAGGGUAGGAGUCUCCAAAAACUCCAUUCACUUCUCGAUGGAAUUGGAGCCUUUUGCAUUCUCCCCAGAAUUGGAAGAUCAACCCAUCAAUCUCUACACGGCUCAGGCCAUUCAAGCUUAGUUUGACCUGCUUGAACCUGUAUUAAUGACUCGGCUAUUGCUUGAGAUUUUCUAAACAUAGCUCCUGUUAUUCCAUCAUUAAGGUGUUCAUUAUCAUCGCUUGAAAUGGUCAAUCAAGGUAUUCACAAUCAGAAAAAGUUUAAUUGAUCACAAAAGUCAUAAAAGCAUUUUGAAUAGUACUUGAGAGACAAACAACAAAACAUAAAAAAGAAAAGUACGAAAGGUAGAGUAAUUCAGAUAAAAAAUAAUAGAAACAGGUUGAUAUCAAUAAUCAAGCAACAAUUUCAUAACCUCACAGGACACUGAAUUUCUGAAAUAUCCAUAUUUAGUAUUAAUGCUGAUGUGCAUUUCUGGCUUCAAUAACGAAAAUAUGAUGAUUUGGUAAAUCUCGAAAUUCUUUUUUCUGAUAACAAUUGAUCUCAAAUAACUAUACAUCUCAAAUUGAAGCUGAAUUGUCUGAUCAAUAUUUGUGGUAGUUGCACUUGAUGCAUCAUCAUCAUCCCCAGUAAGGUCACUUUGUGUUCCACCACUAUCAUUCUCAUGACCCUCCUCAUCCUCAAGUUGUUCUCCAUCAUUCUCAUCCCAUGACGCUUUCAACUCUCUGCCAUUGCAAUCAUAAAAAGAUAUACCAAUAGGGCUUUUCUACAAGAGGCCAAUAGUCAUGCAACCAUAAUGAAGAAUGUUUAUGAAGGACUCUAGGCUGUUUACAAAAUUCAAGUGUACUUGAGUUUUAACUUCAUUAUUUUUAAAACCAAAAAUUGUGACAGGAAGAAGGUUAUCAUUCUCCUGCCUUUUAACAACUAUGUGAAGAGGAAUUUUUGUGACAAAAUUCGUCUAAUCGAGACGGAACGGAAGAGUCAUUGAACCCAAUUCCGAUUGAUUAGACGAAUUUUGUCACAAAAAUUCAACACAUAGUUGUUAAAAUGCAAGAGGAUGAUAACCUUCUUCCUAUCACAAUUUAUGGUUCCAAAGAUACUGAAGUUAAAACUCAAAUGCACUUGAAUUUUGUAAACAAUCUGAAGUCCUUCAUAAACAUUCUUCAUUAUGGUUGCAUGACAUGAUCGCAGCGGCAGACUAUUGGCCUCCUAUAGAAGAGCCUAUUGGAAUAUCUUUUUAUGAUUGCAAUGGUAGAGAGUUGAAAGCGCCAUGAGAUGAGAAUGAUUGAGAACUUGAGGAUGAGGAGGAGAGUCAUGAGAAUGAUAGUGGUGGAACACAAAGCGACCUUACUGGGAUGAUGAUGAUGCGUCUAGUGCAACUACCAGAGAUAUUGAUCAGACAAUCCAGCUUAAAUUUGAGAUGUAUAGUUAUCUGAGAUCAAUUGUUAUCAGAGAAAAAAAUUUCGAGGUUUACCAAAUCAUCAUAUUUUCGUUAUUGAAGC